AUGGUGGUUGGAUGGGAAGGCACUGCUCAUGACUCGAGAGUGUUGACUGAGGCAGUGUGUGAUCCAUCUUUCAAGUUUUCUUUACCUCCACCAGACAAAUACUAUCUAUGUGAUGCUGCGUACUCUCAUACACAGGGGUUUAUGUGUCCGUAUCGCAACAUAAGGUAUUGGAUAAGUGAUUACCGAAGAGUACCUCCAACAGAAAAAGAUGAGAAGUUUAAUCAAGCUCAUUCUCGAUUGAGGAAUGUGAUUGAGAGAGUAUUCGGGGUAUUAAAAGUAAGAUUUCCCGUCUUAAUUAAAAUGCCUUCUUACUCAUUUGAGACUCAAAGAGAUAUCGUUAUUGCUUGCUUGUCAAUAUAUAACUUUCUACGUCGUAAUGCAUUGGAUGAUUGGCUAUUUAAAGAAUAUGAGAAUGAGACAUUUGAUAUGAAUGAGACACAAGUGGAAGUCGAAGUGGAAGCGGAAACGGAAGAAAAUGCACCUCUUCUGUUUGGACAACAAGAGAAGAUAUAUAUGAACAACUUAUGUGAUGAGAUAGCUAGUCUCCUUUAG